AGUCAAGCUUAAGAUAUAGACGCGUGCGCAUUGAUACCCUAAAGACUGGUUGAUGUCGGCUAACGAAAUGGCGUUUGUGAAAAUUUGCAUAUUUGCUUUGGCUUUGGCCGUGGCUCUUACAGGAAGCCUUGCCCAGGAGCAGAGGGAGCGUGGAAAAUUCCGCGUUGGACCCGGUCAUCCUCCCUCGCAGCGUCACCUGCCGCCCCGCAAUCGUGAUCCCGUCCAGGAGGCCUCGGUGACACCCAAACGCAAGCAGGCAGCGGCGGAGAAGGAGUACGAGCCGUCAGAGGAGUGCCCAGAGGCCAAUGGAUUCUAUCCGGACGGCAAACAGUGCGACAAGUACUAUGCCUGCCUAGACGGUGUGCCCACGGAAAGGCUGUGUGCCGACGGCAUGGUCUUCAACGAUUACUCGCCCAUCGAGGAGAAGUGCGAUCUGCCGUACAACAUCGACUGCACCAAGCGGUCCAAGCUACAAACCCCACAACCGUCACUCCACUGUCCCCGCAAGAACGGAUACUUUGGCCACGAGAAGCCCGGAAUCUGCGACAAGUUCUACUUCUGCGUCGAUGGCCAGUUCAACAUGAUCACCUGCCCGGCGGGUCUGGUCUUCAAUCCCAAAACCGGCAUCUGCACCUGGCCGGAUGAGGUCGGAGUGACCGGCUGCAAGUCGGAGGACAUCUUCGAGUUCGAAUGCCCCAAGGUGAACGAGAGCAUUGCUGUCACCCAUCCGCGCUACGCCGAUCCGGAUGACUGCCAGUUCUUCUACGUGUGUGUAAACGGAGAUGUGCCUCGGAGGAACGGUUGCAAGCUGGGCCAGGUCUUCGACGAGGAGAACAAGACCUGCGACUGGGCCCGCAAAGUGCCCGAGUGCGCCGACUGGUACAAGGAUCGCCUGACUGACGCCGAGUUGGAUGAGCUGGAGAACCCGAAACCCAAGUCCACGACCACCAAGAAGCCGCCACGCGUCCGCGGUCCCUCGAGGCGCAAGCCCACACCCAAGCGGGCACCGGUGGAGCCCGAAGAGGACGAGGAGUGAUCCGCGAUUGGUUUUAGUUUUAAGCAAAUUCCUUUGAUUGCCACUGAUUGAUUAAAAAGCGUGCCAGAGGUAGAAGCACUCGUAUAUGUAA